AUGCCGCACGUCACCGAGCUCAUCUACUUCCAUCCCAAGCCAUCCGUUAAGCCCGAAGACUCCUCAAACGACGAAGGACUCGCGCUCCUACAAGUCUUCAAAUCGACGACACAACAAAGCGGUCAUAUCGGCUCAGCAUGGGGCCGUACAAGGGAAGACGAGAAUGUUAUUGUUUGGGCGAUUGACUGGUCCGACGCCCACAGCGGCAUCCAACAAACAAACUCUCCCCUUACCCCAUUCCUCCAAGAGAACACCCAAAUAACAACCCUCUUCACAACCCUUCAGCCAACCGACGAAUCCGACAGCCCAGCAACACAAACGCUCAUCUCAAACCCGAUCACCGAGAUCGCACCGUUGCCCUUCCCGACCUCGCUAUCGCCACAGGAUCGCUCAAGUCUCAGCGCAGACCUCGUCGCGUUUCGAAAGGCUUUCGUGGAAGAGGCCGAGGAGAAGCUGCGCACAAAGUCGUUUCUGCUGGGGCAGGUUGAGAGGCCCGGGGAGUUUAAGCAUGAAAAAGCUGAAUCGGGCCAGGCGUUUGUGCAGCUUUUGGUUAUCGGGUGGGAGAGUUAUGACCAGCACCAGGAGGCGAGGAAGGCGGAUGUCUUUACUGAGAAGAUUAAGCCGAUCAGAGAGAGAAUGGUCGCGCCACUGGGGCAACUAGGUAUGGUGCAUGUCAAAUUCCAGAAGGUAUAA